GUAAUUGUCAUCUUCAACUUUCUCAACUUCGAUCAACUUCUUUCAACUUCAUCCUCAUUUAAUCCGUAUUCAACGAAACACGAAGACUAGAAGAUCCGAAUACGACACAUCUAGUGCAUGAAUGCUAUUAAUCUGAAUACUCGAUCAAUAUAGGUUUUUUCGACUAUCUAAUUAUCUACCCCGGUAGCGAUUCCAACUACCAGCUUUGUAAUCACAUCAAAUCUACAAUGUCUCGGCAAGACUCCCUCAUAUUAGCUAUUGAAAGUGCUGGAUUGAAAGCAUUUCAACCUUCAAGUGAUGAACAAUCUCGUUCAGAAGGUCAAAAAGAAUUCAGCGCUCUCCUAUCCAAAACAAAUACCAUAGCGCUUAUGUCAAUCCUAAGUAAAUUAACCCAACCUGAUCGCGUUCCAGGAUGGCUUCAAGUUCGUUUAAUGGAUGUACUUACCAUACUUCCUCAAAGACCGGAUGGUGUUCGAGCUACAUUGGAAUUUGUCUUUUCUAUUCAUCCGUCUAGUACAGUAAAGACAUCUGAAGCAGCAACGCCACAGAAACAAGGAGCCAACAUUACCAUGGAAGCUUUGAAAUUAGCAACAAAUUUAUUAUCUACCCCACCUGCUACAGUUCCACCUGAACAAUGGUUCCUUGGUAUCGCGCCCCAACUUUUAACCCUUCUUGAUGGAAAGGAUGGUCCGGAUCUGAUGAGGGCUGCUUCAUACGUUAUUGGAUUUGGUAUAUUAGGAAGAAAACAAUUUGGUGCUCCUGGAUCAUCUGGUUGGAUAUCAUUUGCUGAACCGAUGCUCGCUAAGAUCGAUCCAAGCUUAUCAUCACAAGAAUCUAAGAACGAUCCACUCGUUUUCAGCGCUGGUCCAGAUGAAGUUAUUGAUUUACAAAAAGAAGCAGUUCUUGUUGAAGCCGACGAAUUAUAUGUUGCUUUGAGGCGAUUAUCUUCCUUAUUGGAAUCGCAUCCAAAUCCGGGUUUAACCAAAAGACUGCUUACGCCAUUGAUGUUACCGCUAUGGACACUUUCAACUUGGUCUUCUACGAAUAAGGAAUUUGACGAUCGAUAUCGAAAUCCUGCACAUACCCUUUUGCAGAUCUACCUCAAGCUUUCGGGGUCUCCUGAGAAAUUCCAAAUACUUCUUGACAACCUUCUCAUCAAUGGAAACUCGGAUGCAUCUAAGCCUCGAUGGAUUUAUGACCAAGUGGGAGAUUCUAAAAUUCAAAUAAAGCAAUUACGAGGGAAUACGAAUGUUUCCGACGUUGAGUUGAACCUGAAACUAUUGGAAUCGAAAUCGGAUUCUCUCGUGAAUCUUUUACAGUCUGUUGGGACCGAUUCCGAUAUUUCUACACUAUUUCUCAGUUUAUUCCGAAGUUCAUUUGGAUCUAAAAAGAGAACUGAUGAGAUUCAAUUCAUUUCCAAGGAAGAUCCAUUGAAAGAUCCAACAAUACAAAUUAUCGAAGCGAAAGUUCUUCAAAAGAUGAUGGAAAUGUUAUCCGACAAAUUAGUAUCAAAUUGGAAACAAUUACUUGAAUUUGUUAGUCAGGUAUUGAAUGAAUCGCAUACCUCUUCAAUCUCGACGCACGAUGAUGCUACAGCGGUGGCAUUAAGUCUAUUAAACAUCGUGGUCACAGCCCCAGGUUUUCAAAAGUCAAAGGCACCUACAGAUAUCAUCACGUCUAUCGAAACCUCACUCGAAAGAAUCAGCAAGUCACAAGAUAUGGAUAUAUCACAAACGGCUCGCAACCUUUCCCUUCUUCUAAAAUACCGAGACGGGAUUGACGAUCCGUCUGAAAGAACAACAGCACCAACGGAUCGUCAAGUAGAAGAUCGCAAAACAUAUAACCUAGCUAUAUCAUAUAUUACGCAGUCAGAUUCCCCCCCGCCCGUACGGACAGAAGGUUUAAAUCUUUUAUCUGGGUUAAUUAGAUCUAGUAGUCCUAUCCUCGAUAUUCAAUCCAUCUUGGUACUUCUCUCGUCGCUUCUGAACGAAGAUGAUGAUUAUAUCAAUUUGACGGUAUUGAAAUUAUUCACUCAACUGGCGAAUAAACAUCCUAGAUCAACUACCAAAGAGAUAUUAGAACAUUAUAUCGAUGCCAACGAGUUAGAGACGACCGAUGUUCGACUACGAUUCGGUGAAGCUUUACUUCAAGUGAUACAACGUCUUGGUGAGACAUUUUCAGGAGAAACAUCAAAGCAAGUAGGUGAAGCGCUACUUACAAUCGCGGGACGACGCGCAUAUCGACCUAAAACCAAGACGAAACAAGAACGAGAAGAUCGACUGAAACAAAUGAAAAAUAAAGCAGCUCAAGAUGCUUGGCAUGGAGAGGUACCUGACUUUAGCGAACUUGAUGAACAAACGGAAGAAGAGAAAUCACGGAAUGAAAUUAUCGCACAUAUCGUAUCUGGAUGGGAAAGUAAACGUGGAGCGGAAGACGUACGUAUGCGUGCUUCAGCAUUAUCUAUCCUCUCCGUCGGUAUUGAAAUUAAUGUUGCUGGAUUGGGUACUUCUCUUAUUGAGACAUCCGUCGAUCUAUGUCUUAACAUUCUCGCUCUCGAAACCGAUCCGGAAGUUGGAAUUUUACGACGAGCUGCUAUUAUUCUUAUUUUACAUUUCGUUAAAGCUCUUUCGGAUGCACGCGAAAGUGGUAAACGUCUUGGAUUUGGACUUACAGAUACAAGUCGUGAGGAUAUUACACGUUCACUUGAGUAUAUCGCACAAACGGAUAAUGAUGGACUUGUACAACAACAUGCUCGUGAUGUUGUGGAAAGUUUACAAAAUUGGCAUUUAAGUACAUUGGUAUCAUCCAUCUCGGAAGUUCGUGAUGAUCAAGGACCUACAGCAUUGACGAAACUAGCUGGAUUAGAUAUUGGGCUUAGUUCGAGACCAGAUUUACCAUCACUAGAACCAAAGGUGAAGCCAAAAAUUGAAGAGAUUGAGUAGAUAUCUAGGUAGAUACCUGUCAUGUCAACUGGGUGCUUGGGGACUUCGAGUCAUACCUGCUAG